UUCUGACAAAACAACCCCGGCUUAAGCCCAGUAAGCCACCCCCACGCUCCGCCCCUGCCGGUGACAAACAUUUACCUGAACGAUCUGACGGCAAGUAAGAGACACUUAAGAAAGAUCUGUUUGUUUUUGCUAUAAAUAGUGGUUUUACAUGGUUUUACUUUGAUUUAAGGACAUUUGGCGACAGUGUCCAAACACCAGUUCUCUACUAAAACUGAAUCAGACAGUUUGGGAACACCAAAACAGCAAAGGUGAGUAGUGACCACAUUUGACUCUUAAAGCCUUUAUUGACGAUUUUACAAGCGCUCUUUAAACGACUGUAACUCGGAGUUUUAUAUAUCCUUUAUUAAUGCAGUUAGAAAAAAGUCCAGGCGGCUUAAAUGAUGCUUGGUCAAUAAAGGGUUAAUUUUAUUUAAAUAAAUUAACUUUAGUCUGACAUUUGAAGUGUCUCAUAUCAAGCUCCAGAUGUGGACACCUGUCCAUGCAAAUCAGGGUCAGCUGAUGUUAAAUCACACAGUCAAAGAUCUUUUGGUAACAGCCAGUUAAAUAUAUUUAUUUUUCACAGCAAAAAGCUCUGGGUUUGAAUGAGAAGGCGGCAUUCUUCUUUCACUUUAACCCAAAUCUCAGCAUUGAUUAGAAGGAUCUAUACACAUGUUUUCAUUAUGUUUUUACUGUGUGGAUGAUAAAUGAACUACUGAUGGUGUAUACAGAUUACUGAAUGAGUGAAGAAAAGCUGAUGUGAGAAACAGCCUGUGUAGGUGUCAAUAACUCUGCUCUGUUAAGAAACUCUGAUUGCAGACGCCCCUUCUCUGGUGGAUCACUAUGACGAUGGUCUUCAAUCUGUCUGCUGGAAGUUUGUCUGUAAUAAACCAAAAGAAGCUUGCAAAACUUAUUGAACAGAUAAGCACAAGUAUCAAAGACAGGUACAACAUUGAAGAAAUGUAUGCAGUGGCCGCAAGUGUUCCGAAGGAUGAAGACCAAGUUUCUUAUGACUUCACAAAGGUGACGCCAAACCAACAGACAGAAUUGAAUGAUGGCAUCCUCAGGUCUCCUAGACUUGUGGUAGCCACAAGGAAAAAAGUCUACAAUAAAAAUGGGGACUGUCUAUAUACUGAACAUGCAGAGUGGCGUGUUCUUCAGAAUCUUAAUCUUGAAGGUCAGGAUGGUGAUUUGUUGGUCUUCUUCUCUCAUGCCAGUCCAUGUGCCGAAAAGUGUGCAGAUCCAGAUGGAAAAUACAGGAUCACUGAUCAGCUCCUACGUCUCUUUAAUGGACGUGAGUGGGGUGCAAAGGCGUUUGUAUUUAACGUUUUAUUCAGGCCACCUAGGCAGGACAUUAAUCCAGACAGGAUAAAUUUUGCCCUGACAAAUAUUGGAAUAGCCAUUGAUCACGAAAACUUAUUUCGCUGUAACGAAACUAAUAAUGGCGAUUUCCAUUGCAUCAAAUGCUUUAAUGGUAGUCAGAUAAACCCAAAUGCCUACAAAAGGAGCUGGAACAGGAAGCUCCAGGCGGUGCACCGUUGGUCAGAUGAACAGUCAAAGUCUACCCAAAUCAUCAACCACAUGGUCCUGGAUACGAUACACCCCCUCCAGUUUGCAUACCGCCCCAAUCGAUCAGUUGAUGACGCAACAGCAUUUGCCCUGCACCACAGGGCAUUAGCAUUAGCCCUGCACCACACUCUGCAACAUCUGAAGAGUAGCAGCACGUAUGUCAGGAUGCUCUUCCUGGACUACAGCUCUGCUUUCAACACCAUCCGCCCGGGCAAGCUGAUCGAGAAACUGAGUGAUGUCAACAUCCCAACUCUCACUUGCAACUGGAUCCUGGACUAUUUGACAGAGAGACCACAGGUGGUGAGAAUUGGAGGACGCGUGUCUGCUGAGCUCACUAUCAGCACUGGAUCUCCACAGGGCUGCUGCCUCAGCCCUAAACUCUUCACCCUGUACACCCAUGACUGUGUCUCCACCCAGGAAAACGCCAUCAUCAUCAAAUACGCUAACAACACCACCAUCCUGGGGCUCAUCAACAGGGGGUACGAGUCUGGGUACAGAACUCUACACUGUUCCAAAAAAUAUUAAUGUCAAACUAUCUUACUGUAUAUUUUACAGUUUUGUACUGUC